AUGAAAACAGGAUCGUAUGACUUCAAUUGGAGCUCUCAGUUGAUCUCUGAAUUACUGAAGAAACCUCUUUCAUUCAGAUUUCGACAACCUGUUGAUCCAGUGAAAGAUGGAGCACCCAAUUAUCUUGAAAUUGUUAAAAAUCCAAUCGAUUUGUCAGCAAUAAAAGCAAAAUUACAAGCAGAAUCAUAUAAUAGCGUUAAUGAAGUAAUUGAUGAUAUAGAUUUGAUAUAUAAAAAUUCAGUACUUUUUAAUGGCGAAAAGGAUUUACUUACUUACAUCGCAAAAGACAUUUCAUCAUAUGCGCAUACGAAACUUAGUGAAAAAUGCUCCUCAAGAGCAGAAGAAAAUAUCAAGAAAAUAGAAAGAAUCAUGAAUGAAAUUAACGAACACAUCAAAUGUCAGCCGCCAAGGCCAACUCCAUUACCAAAAGAAGAAAAAACAAAAAUUAAACCAAAAGCAAUUGAAAUUCCACCUCAACCUACUGAUGUUCCUCAAAUUAUUGAAUCUCAUCCCGAAACUCCUGUUGUUAAACAAGAACAGCCAGCUGAAACAGUUAAAGAAGAAAAAACUGCAGAAGUUCCCCCUGAAAAACCAGUGGAAACUGCUACAGAACUGCCAAAAGUUUCAGAAUCUCAACCAACGGUAGAAAUUCAACCUCAACCAGCAGAAGAAAUUACUAGUAGUACUCAGAAUACUAAUAUCGAACCAGCAACACAGCCACAAGUCGCUCCAGAAGAAAAACCAGCAAAUCCACCACCUGCUCAGGAAACUCCUCAAGAAAAUCCACCGGAAUCAUCCGAUAACGACCUUCCCGUACUUGUUUCAAGCACUGUUGUUCAGUCACCUCCGCCAAAUCAAUAA